GAGGGAGGGAAAGAGGAGGACAGAGCCCCAGAGCCCCAAGCUCGGGAGCCGGGAGCUGCCCUCAGGCAGAGACCCAGAGGGAGCGAGAAAGAGAGAGAGAGAGAGAGAAGGCCGGGGCUGCCCGCGCGGGCCAGACGAUGCCUCCCACCCCAUGAGCAUGUUUCAGAUCCCAGAGUUUGAGCCCAGUGAGCAGGACAAUGGCCCAGAAGAAGAAGCCUCUGCCUCUGCCCCGGGGGACCCCAGAGCGAUGGGCAGGCACAGCUUCACUACCCCCAGCCUGGCCCCAGUCAGGCCUGGACACAGACCGGAACCAGGAGCCCACCACCAGGAGGGCGCAGGCGCCGGGGACAGGAGGCCCCGCCUGGUCUCCUACCCCCCACUCCGGGAGGGGUCCGGGGAGGCGAGUCCAGAAGCAGAGGCCGAGGCGGAGCGGUCUGAGGGGGAGGAGGAGCGCGGCCAGUUCCGCAGCCGCUCCAGCUCAGCGCCCCCUAUCCUCUGGGCUGCGCGGCGUUACGGCAGCGAGUUGCGCAGGAUGAGCGACGAGUUCGAUUGCACCUUCAAGGGUCUUCCCCGCCCGAAGAGCGCCGGCACUGCGAGCCAGAUGCGUCGGAGCCUUCCCUGGACCCGCACCUUCCAGUCUUGGUUCGGCCGGAAUUUGGGGAAAGGGGGCGCCGGUCCUUCCCACUGACCCCUUCCCCUUUCUCUCAAGCACCCUGACCCUGAAGUAGUUUGGCGGCCAUGUUGGGUAAGGGCGGAAGUGCUCUGUCCCUUUUGCCGGGAGCCAGGAGCAAGUGCAACAGUUCAGGGAGUCAGAGAGCGUACGGCGUAACUGGAGUCUUUCCUGAGCCAUGCGAAUUAUCUGGGGGUGGAGGGGGGCAGGGGGCCGGCAUCUCAACAUGACGGCGGGCAGGCCUUUUCCGCCCACAGCCGACAUGGUCGCCGGAAGCGGCCAGCAGCUCCACUUCCGGGCCCGCCCUUAAGAGCGGUUUGUGGGCGGGGCCUCGCUGCUCAGAGCCGAGAUUAACCUUUUCUCCCCCGGGGAGCUGCUCGAGAAGCGGACUCUAGGGUUCUCUGUGUGAACGUGGCAAUAAAGAACAGAUCAUUUGUU